AUGAACGUCCCGGCGACGCUGUCCCCCGGGGUAGUGGAAGGACUUGAGACCACCUGGUCUUUGGCAGCAGUCAACGCCAGCAGUGCCCCCACCGAGGGAGAGGAGGCGGCGAGCUCCGACGGUCCCGGGACAGCGGGCAUGGUCACCAUCCAGUGCAUCUACGCGCUCGUGUGCUUGCUGGGCCUGGUGGGUAACGCCCUGGUCAUCUUCGUGAUCCUUCGCUAUGCCAAGAUGAAGACGGCCACCAACAUCUACUUGCUCAACCUGGCCAUUGCGGAUGAGCUCUUCAUGCUGAGUGUGCCCUUCGUGGCCUCCUCGGCCGCCCUGCGCCACUGGCCCUUUGGCUCGGUGCUGUGCCGCGCUGUGCUCAGCGUGGAUGGUCUCAACAUGUUCACCAGUGUCUUCUGUCUGACCGUGCUCAGCGUGGAUCGCUAUGUGGCCGUGGUGCACCCUCUGCGAGCCGCCACUUACAGGCGUCCCAGCGUGGCCAAGCUAAUUAACUUGGGCGUGUGGCUGGCAUCCUUGCUGGUCACUUUGCCCAUCGCCGUCUUUGCUGACACCAAGCCUGCUCGGGGCGGUCGGGCAGUGGCUUGUAAUCUGCAUUGGCCUCACCCAGCGUGGUCAGCGGUGUUUGUGAUCUACACAUUCCUGUUGGGCUUCCUACUACCUGUUCUGGCCAUUGGCCUGUGUUACUUGCUCAUUGUGGGCAAGAUGCGCGCCGUGGCCCUGCGGGCUGGCUGGCAGCAGCGGAGGCGCUCGGAGAAGAAGAUCACUAGGCUGGUGCUCAUGGUCGUCGCCGUCUUUGUGCUCUGUUGGAUGCCUUUCUACGUGGUGCAGCUGCUCAAUCUGUUUGUCACCAGCCUUAAUGCCACCAUCAACCAUGUGUCUCUCAUCCUCAGCUACGCCAACAGCUGUGCCAACCCCAUUCUUUAUGGUUUCCUCUCUGACAACUUCCGCCGUUCCUUUCAGCGGGUCCUCUGUCUGCGCUGCUGUCUCCUGGAUGUGGCCGGAGGUGCUGAGGAAGAGCCCCUGGACUACUAUGCCACGGCUCUCAAGAGCAGAGCAGGGGCAGGGUGUAUAUGCCCUCCACUUCCCUGCCAACAGCAGCCCAUGCCAGCAGAACCCAGCCCCAAACCUAUUCCCCUCACCGGAACCACCACUUUCUGA